AUGGUGAAAUUUCACACGACGCAACGAGAGAUCGAGAGCGUGGGGCCAGGGAGGCAAUACAAUGUCAAGACGGUGCUCGUCAUCCUCUUCAUGUGCUUCGGGUCCGUGUCGUACGCAUACUCGGUCAGCGUCAUCUCGAACACGCUCGGUCAGCCUUCGUUCCUGGAGUACAUGGGGCUGAACACCAACCCCAACGCGGCGGCCAUCAUCGGGGCCAUCCCUUCCUUGUACUUUGCCGGCGGCUUCUUCGGGGCCAUCUGCUGUGAAUACAUCGCCGAUCGCUGGGGUCGCAAGCCGGCCAUCGCGGUCGGGGCCGUCACGACGUUGAUCUCGACCGCCAUCCUGGCCGGGUCGGUUAACAUCGCCAUGUUCAUCGCCUUCCGCUUCAUCAACGGGUUUGGCGCCUUGAUGUUGGCCAUGUUGGUGCCGCUGUGGAUCACCGAGUGCGCGCCUCCGGGCGUGCGCGGGGCAUUCGCCCAAUUGAACGGGGUGUUGCUGCAGGUGGGAUAUAUCCUCUCGUCCUACGUCGGCGUCGGAUUCUUCUACUACAAGGGCGCGGGCGAGAACGUGUGGCGCGCGCCGCUCGCGCUGGGCUGUCUGCCGUGCCUCGUCCUGCUGGCCGGGCUCUGGUGGACGCCAGAAUCGCCGCGUUUUCUGCUGCUCAAGGGCCGGCACGAGCAAGCCUUGAAGAUCACGGCUCGGCUGCACUCCACCGCCAGCAACGCCAACCACGAGUUCGUGCAGAAGGAAAUGUACCAGAUGCGCAAGCAGAUCGAACUCGACCGCACCCUCAACGCGUCUUGGGUCGAGCUGUUGCGCCGGCCCUCGUACCGCAAGCGCGUCUUCAUGGCCAUCUUCAUCGUCUUCUCCAUCACCGGCACGGGCGGCGUGGUCAUUGCCACCUUUGGCCCGUCCCUCUACGAGGGCUUGGGCUACAGUCCGGCCAAACAGCUGCUGCUCAACGCGGGCAUCUUUGCCACCUCCAUUGUCGGCGGCCUGGCCUGCGUCUUCUACACCGAGCAUAUGCGGCGACCAACCUUGAUUGGCAUUGGCCUCAUUCUCUGUGCCGUAGUGGUGGCGUGCUUCGCCGCCCUCAGCAAAGUGUACAUUGGCACCACCCACAAGGCCGGCCAGGCGGCCGCCGUCUCCAUGACCUAUCUGUUCUUCGUGGCCUACGGGGCGUUCGUCGAAGGUCCCUAUUACUACUAUGCCCCUGAACUCUUUCCGACGCAUCUGCGUGCGAAAGGCAUGGCCAUCACCAUUGGCACCUUCACGCUCUUCAGCAUCAUGUGGACGCAGGUCACGCCCACCGCCAUCAAAAACAUCGGCUGGCGAUACUUCUUGGUCUUUAUCAUCUUGAGUUUUGUCGGCGGCGUCAUCAUCUGGGCCUUCUUCCCCAACACCCAAGGCAAGAGCUUGGAAGAGAUCGCCGCGCUCUUUGGAGACGACGACCUGGUGGUGGUGUAUCAGAAGGACGUGCACGUCGACCUCGAAGCGCACCGAGUGGUGGCCGAGAUCCAUGGCGAGCAAGAGAAGCAGGACGUCACCGGGACUUUGGAGGAGCGUGAAGUCGCCGCCUUGUGA